ACCGCGAACGCGGCCCCCGCGUCUGUGGCGGCCCUGCGGCCUCCGCUCCCGCUGAACGCGCUCCUGGCUCGCGGUUCGCAGCCGGAGCGUGUGCGGGCCUGAAUUUCACUUGAAGUUUUGUUGAGGCAUUGUUGCUCAUGUGCGACAUCUUCCCUCCAAAAUGGCUUCUGCAUUCCCGAAAAAGACACCGACAUCUCGUGUUUUGUCCAGGGAAAGACUGAAGUCUAUUACUCUACUUCCCUCUAAAUUCCUGAAGGAAAAGUUUCACAAAGUGAGGAAGAAGACCAGCACUGGGGCGAGUUCUCUGCCCAGAAUUGGCCGAUUGCUACAAACAAGUGAGACUGGUCAAAAGUCGUCAUCAGUUCCCCCGAAAGAGAGUUUGUUCCAGGUUUCUCCAUCAGAGAUAGUAUUUCAGAACUUCGUCGCUCAUGAAGUCUCUGAAAUGGUACUGUCUGUCAUAAAUAAGGACAAGUUUAAUCGGCUGGUGAAGAUUUCCAUGGAGAGAUCACCUUAUUUUGAGCUGGUGUGCCCCAAUGAAGCAUACCACAUCAUGCCACCAGGUGUGUCCUCCCCUGUGCGCAUCCGCUUCACCCCCAAGAAGAACCAGGAUUAUUCCCACGAACUCAUCUGCAUCACUGCAAAGGAACGGGUAGUUGUGCCAAUUCGGGCCAUUGGUGCCCGAGCCAUUCUGGAAUUCCCUGACCAGCUGGACUUCUCGCAGUGCCCAGUCAAGUACAGCACCCAGAAGACUCUGCUGCUUCGCAAUGUUGGUAACCUGGAAGCUCAUUACCAACUGAACACCCAGAGUCCUUUCUCUGUGGUUCCAGCCACGGGAACUCUGGGUGCUGGUGACACUGUGCAGGUGACAGUGGGAUUUCACCCGCUGAAGGUUGGUGACCAUUCUGGGACCCUGGAAGUGUGCGGCAACAGAGGUGAAAAAAGUAUCCGCACAAACCUUCACGGAGAAGCUGUAGAUGUUGACAUUGCGUUGAGCACAAAUUCCCUGAAGGUUGGGAAGACUUUCAUCACCACAUCAAACUACAAAAUCGUGUUAAUUGAAAACAGGAGUAACAUCACAACCCACUUCCAGUGGAAAACUUUUCCUACUGAGGAAAAUGAGAAUGAAGAGAAGAGGAGGCAGUGCUAUUUGCUGCAACCACUGAAUGAGGGGUCGCUGGAAAACUUCAUCAAGGAGAAAAAUAUAGAGAAGAAGGACUACGGUGAAGAUAACACUGCCGUCCUGAGCCGCAUGGUCCAGGAGGAGACAAAAAAGGUGCAAGAAGACCCCAUGCUGUACUCUGAUGACAUUUUUUCCAUUGAGCCAAUGGAGGGAAAGAUCAGGCCAAAUAGUUGGACCAAAAUCAAGGUGAUAUUUAAACCCCUAGAAGCACUAGAGUAUCGAAGUGUGGCUUACUGCAACAUCUCAGGCCGUGAGAGCAGGCUGCCCCUGCGCCUCAGAGGGCAAGGCCAAGGACCUUUGGUUGAACUCAGCAAUCGUGUGCUGAACCUUAGGAACAUUUUUGUUGACACCCCGUACGUCUAUGAGGUGAAACUGAUUAACCAAGCAGCUAUUGAUGCUCCCUUCACCUAUAUCCGUACAACUGCAAAUGUGGGCUACUGCUUCAAGUUUGCACCUGAGGAGGGCAUCAUUCCACCAGGUGGGAUCCAGACCAUCCAGAUCUCAUUUAAUGCCACCAUACUGGGGAGGUUUGAGGAAGAAUUCCAGUUCAGUGUGGCUGGAUCUCCUACUCCUGCUAUCCUGACAAUCAAGGGGUUUGUCACUAGACCGCAUUUAUACUUCAACGUCGAUGAACUUGACUUCGGUGACGUUUCCUUUGGCUUUCCCUACACCAAGACAUGUUGCCUCACUAACCCCUCCCCAGUGCCCCUGACGUUCAAGCUCUACAUGUCUGACGAUGGCACACAGCCUGCUGUUAGUAGUUUUGAUCAAAUAUGCAAUGACAGUGACCCAUCCUGGAGGGACGGAAUUCAUUUUUAUGUGAAGCCAAGGGAGUUUACAAUGAAUCCCAGCCAAGGGACCAUCCUUCCCCAGGGACACCAGGAUAUCGAGGUGACCCUGUGUGCCAACACUGUGAUGACAUUCUACCGGAGAUUGCUGGUGGACCUGGAGGGUUUUGGCAAUGAAGUGGCAUCACUGACCAUCACAGCCAGAUGUGUCGUUCCUGAUCUGCGAGUGUACCCCCAAAUCCUGCUGUAUGAUGAGUGCCGCUUGAAGGUGCCAUACCAGAGGAAGUUCCUCAUUGCAAACAACACCGACCUUCCCGGCUGCUACGGGCUUAUUCCCCAGGAUCAUGAGGAGGACACUCCUGUGUUCUACUCCAGCCCCAAACCCUGUGGAAUUGUCCAGCCUCACAGCAUUGCAGAGAUUCCAGUUACAAUCGAAGUUCAAACAUUGGGCAAGCAUUGCACCAGUCUUCUUAUCGGCGUGUUUGGGGAUCAUAAAAACCCACGGAGACCGGAAUUACGGAGCAUUGGACGGCUGGCAGACAUCUACCCAGUUCCAAGGCUGAUAGAGUUUGGCAGGAUCCCAGCGCUAGAGCCUAAUUCACAAAUGUUUACCCUCUUCAAUGAAGGUCCUGUCCCUACAGACUUCAGGAUACAGGUGGCUUGCAAACCCCACUGCUACAUCAUUGAACCCAGAGAAGGAGUGAUCCCUGCUAGGGGUGAAGUUCCUGUGACGAUCACAGCAACCCUGGAUGACACUGGGCUUUUUGCUGACACUAUCCAGCUGUUCACUGGGAACAGCCUUCGGACUGCUUUCGUGUUGGUGGCUGUGGGCAUUGGCACCACAAUUGUCAUAGACAAACCAUUUGUCCCAGAGCUCAACUUGGGACACCAAUUCAGCUUCCUUCCCUGUAUUCGUCGGUUCAAAGUAACAAACAGGGGCCACCAUUUCCAUCGGCUCUUCUGGAGUGUGGAACGUCACAGCCCACCUGAAGAGGAGGGCCAGAAUGUCUCAGUGCUCAGUAGCCCCAAGGCCAAAGAUGAUUUCCAGAUCCCAAAAUGUACCAGCCCCGCGUUUGUGCUGAAGCCACUGUUGAUGGAGCUGCGGCCAGGCGAGUCUGCGGACAUGGUGCUGCAAGGCUUCUCCCACAGGGCGCAGGAGGUGCAGGAUUAUGUCAUGUGUGAAACUGUCUUUGGGACAGCCAGCAGGAUGGAGAAGAUAAUAGAAACAACCAUCACCUGCAAGUUUGUUGAUCCUUCCAUAGAAAUAUCAGCUAAAAAAUUAUCUUUCCGAGUGGAGAAGAAACCCAGUGAUGUCCUGGCUCUGCAGUACAAGCCUUUGGCUUUAACAAACACCUGCUCCCUGCCACUUGAUCUCAUGCUGGACUUGGAGCAGCCAUUUCUGGUGUGCGAUGCGGACCGGCAGCCCCUCCCAGAUGGCCAGCCUGUUACAGUGGAUGUAGGGCAGACCUGUCAUCUCUACAUCGCAUUUGACCCAACUUAUGAACUGGAUUUUAAUAGCUGGAAGGAAAAAAAGCUUCUGAAGAUAAACAUGGUCAAGGACCAUCCUUAUGAGGAGCGUAUCUCCCUUCGAGGAGAAGUCCACUUCCCAAAUCUCCAAAUCCAGCCCAGCGCCCUGGAGUUUGGCUGCAUCCUGGCUGGCACCAAAGAAGUGCGUUCUGUGCAGAUGACCAACUGCAGCCCACUGCCUGUCCAGUACCACUGGUCAUUCCAUGCGGACAGCCAAGUGAACAGGCUGAGAUAUGAGCGUUACCCACCAAAGUUUGAACCUAAGUUCAAACCCCAACCACCAAAGGAGAAGAGAACCAGUUUGGAUUGCUUGGCAUCUCAGAGGAGACGCUUCAGGAUUAGAAAUGGGGAGGACCCAGCCACAGCCCUGAGAGCAUCAUGGGAUCCUGCCCAGUCCUUAGGAGCAGAGAUGCUGCCAUUUACUUGUGAAAAGUAUUACAUCCCACUAGGCCUGGGGGGAUUCAGGUUACCCACGGACGUACCAUGCACUCCCCUUGAAGUGGAGAAGGCUUUCAGUAUCCUGCCGCAGUCAGGUGUGCUACAGCCAGGAGAAAGACAGCAAGUCUCCUUCAUCUUCUCUGGCCACCUCGACACCAUGGCCAGUGUCACGGCUCUGUGCCACGUGGAGGGAGGCCCCACCUACGAGGUGGAGCUGACUGGGGAGGCCUCACGCAUCAGCUAUUCCCUGAGCCUCCGGGAGAUCAGCUGUGGCUCUCAGGUGUUUAAUGAAAUUCAUCACAGCAGCGUUACACUGGCAAACACUGGCAAGAUUGAAUUCAACUGGGUGCUAAACCUUAGCACUGCAGAGCAACAUCUGCCUGGCGUGUUUCUGGUCAAGCCCACCCAUGGCUCCAUUGCACCUGGCGAGAAGCAAGUGCUGAAAUUCUCUUACAUGCCAGAAGUACCAGGACCCUUCAGCAGGACUUUUCAGCUUAAAGUGGGUGAACUGGACCUCGAAAAUAUCUGCCUAAAAGGAGAAGCAUUCUUACCCAUGAUCAGUGUGAACCUGCCCUGGAACAUCGAAGAAAAUGAAAAAUAUGAGAAGCUCAUAAAACCCCAGCGACGAUACAGUCAGAGGAAAAAAUCGGUUGUUCGGAAGAAGAAUCAGAACCCAAAGAUUGCGACACUGAAGACUCGGGACCUGAAGACCCGUGUGCCCGGCUCUGGCAUUGUAUCAAAUAUUCAGCUGCAGAUGGAGUUGGUGAUGAACCUGGUAAAGAAGCCUGCUCUGGAGCUGCAGAGAAAGUUGCAAUCCCAUCGCUCAAAAAGCAGGUUCCCAAACAAGAAGCUGUGCCAGAAUCUUGUCAAAGUUAAGCUGCCUGAGUAUGUCCUGGACAUGGGCACUGUCCUUAAGGGUAACACUGAGACACGCACUCUGGUGAUCACCAAUCCUGGGCAGAUCCCAGUGUCCUUCCAGGCUGAUGUAUCUGCCCUGCAGAACACAGGUUUCAGAAUGAAUCUUGACGAUAUACAGGGCCUGUCUCACAGACACACCACAAUGUUUGAAGUGCACUUUGAAAGCAUCUGCCGGCCAUGGAGUGAUGUGGAUGUGCUGCUGCCCAUAGAGGUGGCAGAAGGCCCCCCGUAUAACAUCCGCCUCUGUGCGGCUGUGUUGGAACUGUUACUCGACCUAUCCAAGAACACUUUGCAGUUCUCUGAUAUCUUCGUUGGACAGUGCCAGCUUGAGACAGUCCAGCUCUCCAACUGGUUCCAAGUACUCUACAAAUGGUUCAUUAAGGCCCUCGAGCCUGUUACGAAGGACAAGCAAGGCAAAUACAGGACACCAGCUGUGGGUCAGAAGCAGCAGGCACUGGAGAAUGAGCCCUGUCCCUUUGAAGUGAUACCCUCCAAAGGAACCCUUGAUCCAGGAAGGUGGCAGAACUUGCAAAUCCAGUUUACACCCAAGAAGCAGAGGUCUUACAGGAAUGAGCUGAAGCUUAACAUUUGUGGUAGCAGCAAUCACUUAAAGCUGCAUCUCUCAGGACAAGGCCUGGAGGCACGGUUGGAGUUCAGCCCCCCAGCACUAAAGAUGCUGGUGGACAGAGAUGGGCUGGAGGCCACAGUGGUGGUGAAGAACCCGUGCAACUUCCCUGUUGAGUUUUACUCACUGGAUUUUGAUGAGCUUGAGGAGGAGAAGAUCCUGCGGAUGGCAGUGGGGUCUGAGUACCAAAAGAACUUUCUGAUGCCUCCACGUGCCGUGGGUGGGACACUGCCCCCAGAGGUGCUGGAUGACUAUGAAGCACAGAAGAGGCUGAAAGCUCAACAGGCAGAGCUCAGGGCCGUGGCAGAACUCAAGGCCAUGGCAGAGGCUGAGGCUGAAGCCAUGAACAAGGCAGCAACAGUUUAUCACGGGGCUGUCACACCCUCUCCUGAGCCCAUGGUGGAAGUGACUGGGAAUCCUGUGUCUCGGGCUGUCAUGCGGCACCUGGGCAUUGACUCAUCUUCAGACAGGUGUGAAGCACAGCAGGACAGAGGGAUUGUUGUCAUCAUCCAUGGGCCACCCCAGGCAGGAAAGACAGAGGUAGCAGCAGCCUUGUGUCACUAUUACGACGCUGCGCACUUGUCCAUUGACACCGUGGUGAAAGAGGCCAUUGCCAAUGACCAGAGCAAAGCAGGGUGCUGUGCCCGGGAGCUUUGCACCAACGCUGCCAUGGAGCUGAAAAGCGAAGAUGAAGGUAAAAAGCCUCAGCUCACAGCUCAGACCAAGAAUAAACAAGUCUCUGGGAAAAAAACCAAGAAGAAGAAGAAUGCCAAAGGCAAGAACUUUCCAGCACAAAAGAAGAAGGAACCAGCCAACAAACCCAACAAAAAGGACACCAAGUUCACAGUUUCCACUGCUCCUGCGCCGCAGCAGCUGAACAUCAUCAGCAGUCGUAGGGAAGAGCUGAACUGCUUGAGCUAUGUGCUGCCCGAGGACCUGCUGGUGGACAUCCUCUGUGAGAGGCUGAAGCGUGAAGACUGCUACAAGGGAGUGGUCUUUGAUGGCUUGGAGAGCCUCUUUGCAAGCAGCCUGGAAUCUUCUCUGCUCUGUGUAUACAAAGCUGUCAAGAAUCAUCGUCAUAUCUACAUGGUGAACCUACAUCAGGAUUGUGCUUCUUGGAAAGCCAAGGAGGAAGCUGAAAGAGAGAAGGGAGAACUGCAGCAGAAAAAAUCUCUUCAGAGGAGCACAGAAUGUGUCUUGCAAAUGGAUGAGGAUGAUGCCCUUCCUGAGAAGAAAGCUCUAGUGGAUAAAAUAAUACUGGAAAGGAAGCAUACACAGACAGAGAGGGAGCUGAAGCAGCUGGCUCAAAAGCUUGAGGAGGAGGCAAAAGCCUUGGAGAAGGAAGAUAAGUGGAAGGAGGAAGAGAGGCGAAAGAAGGAAGAGAAGAGGAAGAAGGAAAAGAAGGAUGUCUCCGUAGGGAAGCAACCUGCAAAACCAGAGAAGAAAGAAAGUAAAUCCCCAGAGAGGAAGGAAACCAAGGCCCCAGAGAAGAAGGAAACCAAAAUCCCAGAGAAGAAAACCACAAUACCAGAGAAGAAGGAAACAAAAGUCCUAGAGACGGAGGGAACCAUAAUCCCAAAAAAGUGGAAAUACAAAGCCCUAAAGAUGCAGAAAAUCAUAAUCGCAGAGAAGGGGGAACCCAAAGCCUCAGAGAAGAGGGAAUCCAAAGCCCCAAAGAAGAAAGCCUCAGAGAAGGGGGAAACCAAAAUCUCAAAGUACUCAGCUGAGAUGGAGAAGAGGUUUCAGAUCUUUGCGUUAUCACGGGAAGAUAUCACACGGGUUCUCGCCUACUUUGAUAGGGUUCAGGGUGUUGUGCAGUUACCUGUGAUCCAAAAUGGAAACACGUCCCAGCCUUCAGCUGAAAACAAAGAUCAGAAGACCAAUAAACCUCAGGAGAAGGUGGAGAAGAAGCCUGAACAAAAAUGUGGAGGCCAAAGGAGUCUUCAGUUAUCUCAGCUGGAGACACAAAGUGAAGCUGCAGAAGGAGCAGUCAUAGACGAACAUGUCGGGGUGCUGUGCUUGGACAUCCAGGUCACAAAUCCAAAGGCCAUGAUUAGGGAGAUCCUGAGGGAUGGGAGGCUGCCAACAAAAGACGAGAUGCUGAGAUAUCUGGGACUGCAUCCCGAAGGGCCUCCCCUUCCCCCUGCUGCUGUCUUCUCUGUAGUCAGCUACCCAGAGGAGCGGUUGGGCUCUGCAGAGCAUGUGAAGCCCUUCACCAUUGCUGCACCGGAAGGUGCUGCUAUGGAAGACAAGCUGGCCAAGGCCCCAGAUGCGAAGGGCGGUUCUGCUGCGGGCCGACCAAAGACAGGUAAAGCGGCCAGCAGAGACAGCUCUCCAAAAGAGAAACAGAUCUCCACACAGGGAACAGAAAGUCCCCAGGAUUCCUGUGCAACAAGAUGCAAAAGUGUGCUGAAAAGAGCCUCAAUCCCCACAGAAUUCCUCAGGUACAAGGUCCAGAACUGUCCUGGCAACUCAGAGAAUAUAACCAUCCUCAACAACUCCCCCAUGGAUGUAGAGGUCCAGUUCUCCUUUGAGAAUGAUGGGAAAGCAGACACAUUCCUUUUGGACCCUCCCAGAAUGUCACUGAAACCAGAGGAGAAGCAGGAGCUGACCAUUUGGGCAUACCCCACUUCCCCUGGCUUGCUGGAAGACAAACUCAUCUGCUGCAUUGAGAAGAACCCAGACCCAGUGGUCUUCAGCUUCUGCUGCCACGGGGUGCACGUGAAGCUGGAGGUCAGCCCCCUGGAGCUGUCUUUUGACAAGCUGCUUCUGCACAGGACUGACAACAGGACCUUGGUCCUGAGAAAUGACACCCUACUGCCUGUGGCCUGGAAGUUCAGUGGGCUGGAUGACCUUGUUGAGGCCUUUUCCUUGUCACAAGAUAACGGCAUUAUUGAUCCCCACUCAGAGUUUGAAGUGACACUGAAUUUCAAGGCCGAGAAGAUUGGCAUCAUUGAGAAGAUCCUCCGACUAGAGGUUUCAGAUACAGAAAACAUCCUGGGGAUUGUUCAGGCUGAAAACAUCAAAAUCUCUGCAGAAGUCUGUGAUGUUUCUCUGAGCAUCGACAUGCCUGAAGGUCCAGAUGGAAGCUUGGAAUUUGGAACUAUUAAUGUCCUGGAUAAUGUGAAGAAAGUCCUGACUCUAAAGAACAAAGGGCUAUACAACAUUGAGUACCAUUUCAUGCUGAAGGGUGCAGGUCCCACGAUGCAAGAUUUGACAUCCCACUUCACUGUUGAGCCUCAGUCGGGCGUGCUGAUUGCCUCCCAGCCUGGUGUGAAUAUUGAGAUCCUCUUCCAGCCCAAAAGGGAAAUGCUCCUCAAGAACAAACCCAUCCUGUACUGCCAGGUGACAGAUGCCAGCUCAGGGGAAGGAGGCCAGACUGUUGCCACCAUCCCACUGAGAGUGUCGGCGAAAGCUGUGUACAGCAAGUACAGUAUUGAGCCUGCUCCACCCAUCAACUUUGGGGCCAUAAUCAGGGGCGCCAGGAAGACCCAGAUUGUCGUGCUGGAGAACAAAGGCAUGCUCAACUUCAAAUUCCGCAUCCACCAAGCCCCCAGGGAUGCAUCUGCAAGCUCAAAGCAAGGAGAAUCUGCUGCAUUGGCUACAAAGCUGAAAUCAAGCUCCUCACAGGAUCACCUCACUCUUGGCAUGUUCAUGGUGUCCCCCUGCUCUGGCUCCAUCGCUCCAUGGGGCCAACAGAAGAUCGCCGUGGAUUGCCUUGCUGGGCAGGAGGGGACAUGUGAGGAGCAGCUCUACAUUGACAUCACGGGCAGAGACCCCAAGGACAAUCCCCUGGGCAUUCCCUUUACCCUGAUUGCUGAGUCCUGCCUCCCAGCAUUUGCUGAGGAUGUCAUGUUAAGCUUUGAGGAGUACCCGAUCUGCAGCAGCACUGACCUGAGCUGCAAGCUACGAUCAGUGAAAGGCACAGGCCUGUUUGUCAGAGAUGAGAACAAAUUCAUCUUCACCAAGGUUCUGGUUGGGCAAGAGGCUGAAAUUUAUUUCAGUAUCUACAAUGCAAGUGGUCUGCCAUGUGACGUGGUCCUCUCCAUCAAACCCCUGCCUGGAAAGGUAAAAAGCCAUAUCAACAACAUUUUCAAGUUGUAUCCAGCCACGAUGUCCAUUCCCGGCUCAUCCAAGUCUGUUGGUACGGUGACCUUCACCCCACCGGACCAGCAGAACUACGAAUGCACUUUCAAGGCUUCCCUUGUCAUCCCAAAAAGCUUUGUGAAAAUUAAACCCCAAACCCUGACCUUCACCAUCAGUGGGAAGGGGCAUGAGCCACAGGUGGCAGUCGUGUGCCCAAGUGCUCGCAGCAAGAGGGGAAAUGCUGUGCUGCGCUUCAAGAGGCUCCGGGUGGGGGAUUCAGAGAUGCUCCCCCUGGUCAUCCGUAACAAUGGCAGCAUACCUGUCAAGUUUAUGUUACACCUGGAGGAUGAGCACGGAGUGUUCUACUUGAAAGGCAGGGCCUCCACACUCAUGAAAUUCUACACUGAAGAUGUAGAAGAGGACUGUGUUGGAAAUGAGAGCAAGCCCCCAAAGAAGCCUUUCCUGCUUCUGCGUCAUGGGCAGUCGACUAACUUUGAUGUAAUUUUCAAACCCACUCUGGCUCAACGUCUGGAAGGGAAGAUUCGUGUGUUAGUGGGGGACAUCUACUCUAACAAGACCCUAAUAGAGCUCGUGGGUGAAGGCCACAAGGAUGAAUUCACCCUUGAUGGACUAGAGGAAGACACAGAGGAGAGGAAUGCUGACAGCAGUCUGAAGAAAGACAUCAUUGAUGCUGUCAGAGUGAAUCACAUCCAGUUUGGGGACUGCCCUGUUGGGAGGCCCUACCGCAGGACCUUCACCAUCACCAACCAUACCAGUACGAAGGUCAUGCUCUUUAAGUGGGAGGCAGACGCCACGUUCCAGUUCUUCCCCAAGGCGGGAGACCUCUAUCCUGGCUGUGUCAAGGACAUCACAGUGACCUUGAAAUCAGAUGUCCCAGCUGUCUUCAGGAGGCACCUUGUGAAAUGUAAGGUGACCAAGAUCAACUUUCAGCCACCACCGAGGAAGGUUCAGGACUGGGAGGACCAAAUGUGCAUUGUCACAACGGAGGAUGAUACCAGGAAAGACCUAGCAGACAGCUGGCCUAAGAAAGAGAAGAUGGUCCAGACAGCCCUGGAACCAGCUUACACAGUGGUGGAGGAGAGCAGCCAGGAGGCUGAGGUGUACCUCAGUGCCUUUGUUGCCUGCACCCAGUUCAAACCGAGCACAGUCGUGGUUCAGCUCAAGGAUACCUUGCCCAACCAGACAAGUGCAGCCACUUUCAGGAUGCACAACACUGGGAAUAUAGCCCUGGAAUAUACCUGGAUGGAAGCUGCAGAUAGUGAAGCAGUGAAGAAGCUACACUCAAUGACUCUGAUGCGUCAGUUCCUCUCCUCUGCUACUCUAAGGCACCACAGAAAGCUGCUGCAUCAUUUCUGGUGGCAGCAGGAGCAUCCUUUUGAGACACAUCCUUCUGAACUGCGGCAGCUGGCGGAGCAGCAGCAGGAUUCUGAGCAACAGCAGCAGCAGGAUUCUGAGCAGCAGCAGCAGGAUUCUGAGCAGCAGCAGCAGCCCAAGCACCAGGACCGCGCAGAGAAGCUGCACUGCUCAGAGCAAAAACACCUCUUUCUGCAGCAUGUCAGUUCCUCCCUGGAAGUCUUCCCAGAUGUCAUCCGUGACCUGCCACUCUUCUCCAUCAACCCCUACCAUGGCAUCAUCGCUCCUGGCCAGAAGCAGAUCUUUCACGUCCUGUUCUCACCAAAGUAUGCGGGGAAGUUUAGGACCACCAUGUUGUUCAGGACUCCUAACCUGAAGCCAGCUCUGAAGAAGGCAGAGGUGAUUGUGAAAGGCAGAGCCCAGGAGCGGAAGAGUCUUGACAAACCGAAACGCUCUGCGUUACGGCAGACAGAGAAAGGUCAGGGACCCAAGAAACGGGUGCACUGGAAACCAACACUUGAGUGACAGCCUUUGUGUUAGCUGCAGCAUCCAGCAGGAGCUGGCAACAUCGUGUCUGCUGCUGCUGAUAGUCUGCCACCCUUCACCAGAGACCUCUGCAGCUACCCUUCCAAACUCCACUAAACACCUUUCUCUUAUCCUUAAUUACCUACAUUAAUUAACUAAUUGUUAAUUAAACAAUUGGUAAUAAAUUGUUAAUUGUCAGCUUGUCUUGGUUGGAAGGACAGGUGUCUGUGGGACCUCUCUGGAAUGGAGAAUGUGAUCUCCUUCCCUCCAAAUUAUUAUAACUUUGAAAUUAAGGGGCUUUCAGGCAAAGAUAUGGGAAAAGGAGUAACAGUUUUUUACUAGUAUGUAUAACAAGGCAAACAAACAGCAGCACUGGCAGCAACAGCAAACAGAACCAGAUACCCCAGCACAGCCUUCUCUCGGCUGCAGGCACUUUCCCUUUGGUGUGGUUCCAGUCACAGCUGGGCAGGGAAGGGAGGCAAAUAAUGAAUAAAACAAUUGCUAGAAAAAUUAUAAUUAAGCUACACCAAGGAAUACAAGGGAACCCAAGCACUGUGUGAUCAAUUCUUAAGAACUUACUGCUGUGAGGGAGUCUAUACAGUAGCCAAAUAGUGACUGAACAAUGCCCAAUUUGUUAAAAGAUAAAUAAGAAAGUGAUCAGAAAACACCCUAGUGAGGGAGGAGCCCUAGCCCUUAGACCCUUUCCAAAUAUGCAAAUGCAUUACUCUGAGUUCCCCAAAAUAAAGAGAUGCAAGUAUCUUCUUGUAAUAGUUGAUCACCUCACCCACUGGCUAGAAGCCUUUCCUCCCUCAGCUGCAAUUACCUCAAAAGUGGUUAAGAUGCUAUUAGAACAAAUUCUUCCUAGAUAUGGGAUAAUUGAAAGAAUGCACUCAGAUGAGGGAACACACUUUACUUCAAAAAUUUGACAUUCUAUAUGUGUUGUAUUAGACAUGAAUUGGAAAUUUCAUACUCCAUGGCGACCUCAAUGCUCUGGAUAUGUGGAAAGAAUGAAUGCUUUCCCUAAGAACAAUAUUACCAAAUUAAUGACUGAAACCAAACUAGCAUUAUUACAGAUCAGAACUGCUCCAAGAAAGGAGCAUUUCUUGUUCCUAUGAAAUGUUAUUUGGGUUACCUUAUCUGGGUAGGGAGGAGGAGCUGAAACUAAUGAAACUUAUACCUCAGAAAUUAUUUGCAGGCAAUCCCACUUUCUUUCACAAACCUUAAAAGGUUUGUUACCCCAAACAUCACCUCUAGACUUUCAUUUACACUAUGUAAAACCAAGAGAUUUGGUUCUAAUAAAAUUUUGAAAAGAUGAUGCCUCAACACCAGCAUGGGAAGGUCCCUUUCAGGCACUUUUAACAACUAAAACAAUUACCAGGACUGCAGAAUAGGAGUGGUCUCAAGCCUCUGAAGUCAAAGACCAGUGGAAACUCCUUCCCAAACUUGGACAGUGGUACAAGGAAGUGAUCCUUUAAUCUUCAAAAGAUGAUUUAAUAGUGAAGAGUCAAGGCCAAGACUGGAGUGACCUCUGUACCUGCCACCAGAGAGACUUUGGCUCCACUGUGGCCUGCAAUCCCUUGGGUGUUGAGCAGUGGGAAUAGAAAUCAUACCAGACCUUGACAGAAGAGGAAUAGGAAAUGAUGUUCUAAGACUCUGGAAAUCACUGCAUGGAGUGUCACAGCUUCUGUGCUUCAUCUCCAUAUCCCUACAGUGUGCUGUUCUAGUGCACAGAACUUAGGAAGCAGGUAUGGAUAAUGAGGAAGGUAGUCUUUGCUGCCACAGCUAUGAUCUGAGCUUUGCUUCAUCCGAGCAAGCACAGAUGGAACUGAUGGGAGACACUGCACACAAGUAUACCCACAACUCACUUUACUUGAGUUGGAGGAGAACUAUGGGCAGCAACGUGAACUGACAAAUCAGGAACUUUUAAAUACAGUAAUUUCAUGACCAUAAGGUGUACCGGACUAUAAGACGCACCCGCCGGGAG